AUGGCAAGUUCUACGAAAUUACAUGUUGAAGCAACAAAGAGGGUCUUAAGGUAUUUAAAAGGGACUGUGAACUAUCAUGUAUUUUACGAAAGGGGAGGAACUAGUGAUUUGUUGGGAUUUACCAAUAGUGAUUAUGCUGGUGAUAUGGAGGAUAACAAGACUACUUCAGGCUAUGUAUUCAUGAUGUGUGGAAGUGCAGUGACUUGGUCAUCUAGAAAGCAACCCAUUGUCACUUUGUCAGCCAUGGAAGCUUUUGUUGCAGCUGCGGCAUGUGCCUGCCAAGCUAUUUGGAUGAGAAGGGUACUGAAAGAAAUCAGUCAUAUUCAAGUAGAAGGUACCAUGUUACUGUGUGAUAAUGCUUCAACUAUAAAGUUGUCCAAAAAUCCAGUUUUACAUGGUCGUUCCAAGCAUAUAAGAGUAAGAUGUAACAACCCCUAA